AUUGCCUUUAAAAAGCUCAAGGCCUUUUGGCAGUGUUUUCCAAGAUAAUAUAAUCACCGUUCAUAUCCACUAUGAAUAUUCAUCUAUGUUAAUAAGUGCUAAUGGUUUUGAUAUAUGGGAUGUAUGGAUUAUUUAGCUCAGAAACUCACGGAUGCCAGAAUUACUGAGCAAAUUGUCCGGCAGGUCUGACGUCACAUCGAUCACAUCGGGCUCAUUUGAGAGUCGAGAAGUGGUGUCAAAUAGUCUGCUAAACGUACGCGCGUGGGUUGGUUGUAGCUGGACGCAAGGCUCUCAAACAGUCUAUCAUUCAGUCCAACAUUUCAACAAGUCUAGUCAUGGAUAUCGCUAAUAUUGCUUUAUUGAUAAUGUCAUGUGUCGUUGUUCUGGCUAACGGUGUAGUUUGCGGGUUGGUGGCGACGAGAAGAAAGCUUCGUACUUUCACAAACGGUUUUGUGGUAUCGCUGGCAAUUUCGGACAUUUUGAGCGGCGGGGUUUUUAUGCCUACUUCUGUGUUGGUACCAGGAUCAAGGGUUAACAAUCAUGUAUCGAUGGUUGUUAUUGUGUCAAGUACUCUCAAUUUGAGUGCUGUCGCGUUUGAAAGAUAUCUAGCAGUCGUAAAGCCACUCUCUUAUAAAAUGGUCAUCAAACAUUGGUUUCGUCGACUUGUGGGUUUAGUGUGGGGUGUUGCCAUCUUCAUGUCUGUGUUACCCGCUUUUUGGGAUGCAAAUGUCGAGUCCCUAAUCCAUAAGGUGUACCUGUCAUGCGCGGUAAUCUUGUUCCUUGUUCUUCCUCUGGUUUUCAUUUUGUUUGUGUACACUUUUAUCUUUAUAAAGUUACGCCAACAUGGAAAACUACUGCACAACCUACAUGCUACAAGAACUCGUCUUGCAGAGGCAAGGAGAAGCAAACGCGAGUCAAAAACUGUGAAAAUUUUUUUUUCGAUCAUGGCUCUGUUUGCAUUUUGUUGGAUCCCCGUGAUGUACAUGACCUUUACAGUUGUGGCAAACAGGCUUGACUUGAUUCCACCUUACCUUAUGCUGGUUUCCCACGUUAGUAUCAUGCUAUCCUCCCUAAUCAACCCCUUUCUUUACACCUUCAUGAAACAAGACUUCAGAAGAGAGGCAACUUCUUUAUUUUGCAAAAAGCUCGUACAACGAAGGGAAAGCAGUAAGAGAGGUAUCGAUGAAAACUCUGAAACUCAAGUUGUUUACACGAAGGCUCCUUUGGUAACUAUCCAUAAUGACACUGACAGUGAGAACCGUGUCUAAUGUAGAGUAAUAUCCAUAUUCAGGGCAUAUGGCAUAAUACACCACGGGUGGUUUGAAAUACUGGUUACUGAAUGAGACGAUAAUGGACUCUUUUAUUAUUCAUUGGCGUCUACAGGCAACCAACAAACCGAUUUCUGAGGGUUGACAUAAUUAUACUGAGCAUGAAUAUCCUAGUGUAACUCUAAACAAAACAUAGAAAGCAACUGAAAACUUCCGCUUUCAAUCGCAUGUGUAUUUUGUUGACUUUUUUAAUGGAAUUAUUCACUGUCCGAUUUGAAGGGAAACUUUCUGGCUGCAAGAUAUGAAAAAAUGAUGUAGCCUGAUUGAAAUCAAAACCAUAUGAGCCUACUUGCCAGGUGCAAACACGUAUUCUCGUCAUUAUUGGCCUGUUAUCGUCAUUAGUUCUGCAAUGAGAGAGCACCACAAAUCCGCGUCUUCCACUAACACAUAUCACAAAAAAAGUGGGAACGUUAAUUAAAAUUCAAAGAGUCGUGGGAAUCAUUUCCAUAAGAAAACCUAGAUAAAUUCAUAUAACUCCAUUAAGUACUAAUCUAAUCUUUGAGUCUGUCUAGUUUCUCGGUAUUUUUUUUUUCAUCAGAUAGUCUCGUUUAUUACUUAUAUGAAUUUUAUUAUUGCAUAUAAGUCCAGCCUGUGUUUUGUGAUAUUAGGAGCUGAUUUUCAGCUUAUAUAUCUUUUUUAUUCGACGCGACUCAAUGUUUUGAGUCUCGUAAUAAAACGCUUAAUUAAAACAAGGAAAUAAUUCGCCGGUGAUAGGAACGCAAGCAAAAAAUAAAGAAGAAUCUAAUUUAGGGGUGGAAGUUUUUCAGGAUAUGGAUGUUAUAACCCAUGACUAGUGUCAUCUUGCUUUAUGUACGUCUUUACACGAUUGCUUUUAUUAAUUAAUGUCAUUCAGUUUUCACUAUUUAACACUCGUGAAACAUCAGGGAUUCCACAAGAAAUCUUCGAUCAAAAUAAACAUAAUUAUGUUUACCUGAUGUUUUUGAAAAUCUAAAACAUCACGAAUCUUCGCUUUGUCGAUUUGGGAUUAAAAGUCAAAAAACACUGCUUUAAAGAAGAUAAGUCACAAAGUUCAAGAUUACGUGGAAUAGAACGGGAUUAUCAUAUUCAAGGCCACUCAAGAAACGGCUGGUAUUAACGUUAUAUCCCUCGGAGCUUUUCAUUUUGUAGGUCAGUACGGUGCUCGUUUUGUUAGUCUUCCCAUAAUACUUUGUUAGUCGCUAUUUGUAGUUUGUAUAUCAGUGAAAAUGUCGAAUAAAUAAAAUACUUGUAAUCCAAAGGAAAAGCGCUUCUAAUAUUUAACCAAAACAAACGUCUGAAAUAAUACAAUAACAUUAUCUCUUAUAUUAGAAUGGCGUAUUUAUAUGCGUAUGAAGGUGGCUGGGCAACCCCAAUCGAUUAUCAUAUCCGUGAGGGGCCUGGUGACCAGUUGAAGCUGGCUCGUCCUUGCUUUGAGAGUUUUUCCCUCAUCUCCCAAUCUAAAACUACAGUUUGUUGUCUUCACAGUUUUGUGCUCAAGAGUAGAUUUUACAUUGUAUAAAUUAGAAUUAAUUAGCGAUCAAUUUUUAUUGUCACUGUUACUUAAAGGCCCAGUG